GUUUUUUUAUCUCUUAUAGAAAUAAAGAUAAACAAAAUUAUUAUGUAGCGUCUCGGAAAAAUACAAAUAUGAGAUUAGCACACUUGGAUGUUAAAAAAAACAAUUUAAAUUACAAAGAUGAGUUUUACUCUCGCGAGUCUCCCUGUUUAAUAGCUCGUAAUCAGUCGUCUAUAAGCAAUCGUGUACGCUAUGACUCUAAGCCAUUAUCAUCAUGCUCUUGUUAUGAGCCUUUUGAAAGUUCUGAAGAUAUUUCAAGCUCCGUUGUAUCAUACAACGAUCUUUCUUCAUUGUCUAUGGAUUCUUUAGCUGACGAUGGUUUUAUGAGUUCUUCGGCAAGCAUUUCAAAAAGAGCUUACAACCAAUUAAAUUGCAACGAAAGUUUUAUUUCGUACAGUAGCAGUUUACAGUCAAACCAAUCUGACCAAGCAAAGUAUUCAGGCAUACUUAAACGGACUAAAAGUAUUUUUGACGAAGAAAAGGAAGAUUUUAUAAACACGGACAACACACAAAUAACUCUGGAAAUAAUUAAUAAAAUACAGGAAAAUGAAUUAGAAGAUAUAUUGCAAUACGCAGAUGAUAUUAUUUCACCAGACCCUUCAACCCUACGCACAUGCUCUUCCCAGCCUGUUAAAAUUGUAGAGGGAUCGUUUAGACAUAUUUUGUCAGUCAAAGAUUUGAGUUCUAAAUCUUUUAAAUACAGAACAAUUGAGAUUAGUAAAAAGGAUAUGCCUGAUCUAGGUUUUAGUGUGCGUAAAGGAGAUGGUUGGGAAAAUAUAAGUGGAGUAUACAUUUCGCGUGUCUGUUUAGGAAGCAUUUUUGAUAAGUAUGAGCUACUCACUGUUGGAGACGAAAUAGUUCAAAUAAAUAAAAUUGAAGUUCACAAUAUGAGCAUUCCUGACGUAAUCAAAAUUAUGCAAAUUCCGAGAAGAUUGUGUCUAACAGUGAAAAUUUUAACUCCGUUUACGUGUAAAAAAAACAGAGGUAAUGACGUAAAACAUAAAUAUUUUUCAAAACCUAUUAGUUAUGAUAAAUAUAAAAUUGCACAACUAAAAAUUAAUACACAGAAAAAUAACAAAACAAAAACAACCAUAACAACAUUAGCAACAACUCAUAACUUAUCAAAAAAGACAAAUGACAGGUUAUAUGAACGAUCAAAUGGUUCCAACAAAUCAAGUAACCUUAAAACUGAACGUAAUAAUAUUACCUUAUCACCAUAUAGAACAAUGGAAGGAGGAAAUGCUGUGCAAUUAAAUAAACAAUGUUUAUUAUCGGUACCGAACAAGUUGCAACAAAAUAAUAGAAAAACUUCUUUUGUUACGUGGUCAGAUUUAACAUACAAUAAUAAUUAAAUUUAACAUACAAUAAUAAUUAAAUUUAACAUACAAUAAUAACUAAAUUUAGCUAUGAUAUAUUGUAAAAGUUGUGGUUUUAAUUUUAUUUAAAUAAAAGCAGUUUUAUUUGUUAA